GUUCCUGCCUCCUUAUAUACGCGUAAAGUUAUGCAAGAUUUGAGGCCCCCGGAAUGUCAUUGGAUGUUAGGAUGAGGUAUUAUAGAUUAUGGCUUUGGAAAGGGAUGGUGGGGGGACUGCAAGCACCUCCCCUAGAAAUGCAGCAAAUCUCUCCCGUUUUCUCCUGGUGGGGCACUGGGAGGGCUGGAGACGUGCUUUGCAUUGGCAGGCUGAUGAGGACACGUGUCUCCUCCCUGCCUCUCCCCCCCUCCGGGCUCCACGGUACCGCAUUGGCAUCAGUAAAGGCACCUGAAAACCGACAACCAACUCCUGGAAACGCCGCCUGCCACCUUAUAACCCAAAAGAAAACGAUAUCAUAGGCCUUACACAAACCUGUGGCUGGCCCCUCUCUUUUUUGGUCGUGCGUAAAGCCUUUGCGCACAGCGCUGAACUGCCUCAGAGACUGAAUAGGUGCGCUACUCGUCGAGCAUCAAGAGCGCAGUGCCAAGAUGCAAAAACGGAGCAGCGACGUCUGAAGGUGACAUGAACCUGGGGAUAAUCAAGAGCAGCAGGCGCACACUGAACAGGAACUGGAGAUAGCAACUGAGAAAAAACCACCGGUGUCUUUGAAACUAAACUUGCGCUUUUUCCCUCGUGGCUUUAUCUCAUGCAGAGAAUCCAGAGCUGCAGCCCAAAGUAGCCUCAGAUUGUUACUGACUGAAGGAGAAAAACACUAAUUAAGCUGCAGACAGUUGAGAGUCAGGAGAGGAGCGAAAAAAUGGCGACGUUAAUCAGAAGCAAGCUUUCUAAUAAACUGUCAAAUGCAGCCACGGCUGUGACCAACAAAUCCCAGGCGAAGGUGAGCGGGAUGUUCGCCAGGAUGGGGUUCCAGGCCGCCACCGACGAGGAGGCUCUGGGCUUCGCCGCCUGCGAUGACCUGGACUACGACCACCGGCAAGGCAUGCAGAUGGACAUUUUGUCGUCCGACGAGAUUGGAGGAGAAGGGAGCGGAGACGGAGGCGCGCUGGAGGGGGACAGCCACUACCAGAGGGACGGCACCGGUCCGCCGCACUCAGCCUCAAAGGACGGAGGUCCGACGAACGAGCUGAGCGAAGUCAGACCAAAAAUCACCGCGUGGGAGGCGGGCUGGAACGUCACGAACGCAAUCCAGGGGAUGUUUGUUCUCGGGUUGCCCUACGCCAUCCUGCACGGAGGAUACCUCGGACUCUUUCUCAUUAUUUUCGCCGCCGUAGUGUGCUGUUACACGGGGAAAAUCCUCAUUGCCUGUCUGUACGAGGAGGACGAAGACGGGCAGCUGGUCCGUGUGAGGGACUCCUAUGUGGACAUUGCCAACGCCUGCUGCGCGCCCAGGUUCCCGUCUUUAGGAGGCCAUGUCGUGAAUGUAGCCCAAAUCAUAGAGUUGGUGAUGACUUGCAUCCUGUACGUGGUGGUCAGCGGUAAUCUCAUGUACAACAGCUUCCCCAACAUGCCGAUCUCCCAGAAGUCGUGGGCCAUCAUCGCCACCGCCGCCCUCCUCCCCUGCGCCUUCCUCAAGAACCUGAAAGCCGUCUCCAAGUUCAGCUUGCUGUGCACGAUGGCCCACUUUGUCAUCAACAUCCUGGUGAUAGCGUACUGCCUCUCCAGGGCGCGGGACUGGGCCUGGGACAAGGUCAAGUUUUACAUCGAUGUCAAGAAGUUCCCCAUCUCCAUUGGGAUUAUCGUGUUCAGCUACACCUCGCAGAUCUUCCUGCCGUCCCUGGAGGGGAACAUGCAGAAACCCAGCGAGUUCCACUGCAUGAUGAACUGGACUCACAUCGCUGCCUGCAUCCUCAAGGGCCUGUUCGCCCUGGUGGCCUACUUGACCUGGGCCGACGAAACCAAGGAGGUCAUCACAGACAACCUGCCCCCGACCAUCCGCGCCGUCGUCAACAUCUUCCUCGUGGCCAAAGCUUUGCUGUCGUACCCGCUGCCGUUUUUCGCCGCCGUCGAGGUUCUGGAGAAAACGUUUUUCCAGGACGGCGGACGCGCGUACUUCCCAGACUGCUACGGAGGCGAUGGACGCCUAAAAUCCUGGGGACUCACUCUCCGGUGUAGCCUUGUUGUGUUCACCUUGCUCAUGGCGAUCUAUGUGCCACACUUCGCCCUCCUCAUGGGCCUCACCGGCAGCCUGACGGGCGCGGGCCUGUGCUUUCUGCUUCCCAGUCUCUUCCACCUCAAGCUUUUAUGGAGAAAGCUGCUGUGGCACCAGGUCUUCUUCGAUGUCGCCAUCUUUGUAAUAGGAGGUAUAUGCAGCAUAUCUGGUUUCAUCCACUCCAUGGAGGGGCUCAUAGAGGCUUUCAAAUAUAACAUAGAAGAGUAGAUGCAGGCCACCGCUGGAACUAGAUGUUAACUGCAAAUCCCCAUUUAGUGAAAAAAAGUUUGAAAAUAAAAAACACACGACUUCCCCGCAAACGCAGCCCCUCUGCUUAAUCCAUGCGUAAAGAGCGCGCACACUAACACACGCAGACAUUUUCGCACUCAUACAGUCUUGCAUCAGAAUGCGCGCGCACACACACACACACACACACACACACACACACACUUAUAGAGUCAGAGCCAGGUGGCUGUGAGGGAAUCUAAUGCAUCCACAACACACUAUAUGGACAAUACAUGUUGUAUAAAUAUGCGAACAAAAGUGACAUAUACAUAUUUUCCAGUGGAGUGAACGUUUACAAUAUUGACCUUAAACAAAAUUGCAAAAAGGGCAGUUCGUCUCUUCGUCGCUCUUGUGGUGCUUCCCCACGAGACUUCACUUCAUGUAACGCUCGCGUUUGUGGUGGACGGACCUUCGGCGGAAUAAUGUGAUUUACUGAUGAUUAAGUUUAUUUCAGAGGGCAUAACAGAGAGAAAAAAUGCCACUUUCUUUUAGGUAAUUUGCAAUAUGAGCGGUGAGUGUGGUGGAGACAAAAUGGCAAUAACCAGCAGUAGAGAACACGGGUGCAAAUAGAAAUAUUUCAAAGAUUAGUUUCGUUAAUAAAUUAGGAAAUUGCCCCCCCCACCCACCCAUCCCCCCUCGAGCAGUUUCAAACACUGGAAAUGCAAAAUAUCAGACACACAGCAGCUAUACAAACUAUGCAUUGAAUGUAUGAUAUUUCAGACACACAAAACGUGAUGAAACUGGGAAGUGGAAAUAAUAAAAAUAAAUCCUCCAAAUUUCGAUUCUUCUGCGUGAGAGUGUUAAUGAUUUGAUUCUUUCCUCCUCCCUAAUAUUUGACAUUUAUUGUUACUGACCUUUCAAUCGGCCAGAACAAAAAUUCUCUUCACCUGGUUAAAAAACACCCAAGCUGUAGAUGGGGACCCCAAACUGAAAUCCUGCACACUCAAUUUCAACACAAUUCUUUUCAUUACAUUUUAAGAAUUCGUGGCCUGUUCUGAAAUUAAUUUGAAAGACUUCUGUCUCGAAAAUUCGGUGUCUGAAAAUCUAAAAAAAAAAAAAAAAGAAAGAAAAAAAAGAAGAAGAAAAGAAGCGACCAUUAAAGAGGAAAAUGUGCAUACAGACAUUUUUCAUUCUGUGCAAUCCAAUGGGUCCUGUGGAAAUGUUAUAAAACCGUAUGUGUAGUGUGUUAUUGUGGUUUCAAAAAGAUGGAAUGUAUAUCUCAAAGUCGUUAUCAUAUAUCGUGAAAUUAAUAUUAAAGAAUAAAGAAAUAAGUGAAAUUAUAUUGUAAAAAUGUGUGUGGUUUUAUGUAAAACGAAAAACGGUCAGAAACAUGUAUUUUUUUUCUCUAUAAUAAAAGACAGAAAAUGA